CCUAAAAAGGGUGAAGCUACUGAAGAAGAAACGAAACUUGCUACUCAAGUUAAAGGAGAAAUCAUGGCAGUAAGACAUCAAGCACCAGCUAAAGCUAAGGCUCGUGUAAUUUCUGAAGAAGAAAAGAAAUUGUCAGCGUACACAAUUCUUCGGAAAGCUCGGGCUGAUGCUAGAUUAGUAGGAAUUCGUGCGAAACGAGUGAAAGAUGCAGCGGAAAAUCCAGAUGAGGUUGCUAAAGACAAAAAGCCUAAAAAGUAAUUUGCGACUUAAUGUCUUUGUGUAAAUAUGAAAAAUAAGUUAUGUUUAUGUCACAUUUUAGACUACUCAUUUCAAUAAAAUUUUAUCAUUAAAGUUUGUAAUAUAUCUGUUUUUGUAUGAUGUACAUAAUAGACUUUAGUUGUUUAUUAAGAUAUAAAACCACAAAUGAGAUAUAGAAUAAACGUUAUAUGUAUCAUACACUUUAGAAAUCUAUAGAAUUACGAAUUUAAAAUCUUUAUAGUUUUUGUUUCUUUUUUUUUUCUAUAUUUUAAUAAACCAAUUGUUACGUAUAUGCUAUUAUUCCUUACAUAAUAUUUUCAUACAAAUACGUUGAUAAGUAUUGUAUAUAUUUAGUCCAUUUAUAACUAGAUUUUAACUUAACUUAAAUUUUAAACGUUAAAUCAAAACAGUUUUUGGUUGGUAGCAUUUAUCAAAUAUUAUCUUUGUUAUAUCUGUCAAAUAAUAUAAGGUCUAAAAUAAUGAAAUAUCAAGUAUAAAUAUAAAUGUACAAGAAAUGAAGCCUGCUUCACUACUUAAUUAAUUAAUUAAUUAAUUAAUUAGCAAAGUAAUAGAUAAAUAUUCAUAUUAUCAAUUAAUAUUACCAAUAAUCAAUUUCUAAAUAAUACUUUGGUUAUUAUAUAAUGUACAAUUGAAAAUAUUUAUAUGUUAAUAUUUUAAACAUGUUAAAAUAUUCUGCUUUUAUGUUAAUAUUUUAAACAUGUUAAAAUAUCCUGCUUUUAGCAAAUUAUCAAACUAAAUCUAAAGAAUAAUAAUAUAUUAUUUAAAGAUUUUAAUUCAAAUUUAUCAUCAUUUAAGUCUAAUACAACAUCCAGCUGUAAUUUUAUAAAAUUUAUAUUUAAUAUAUAUUAAAUAUAAUGUAAGUUAUAUAAAAUUUAAGGUAAAUAUUAAAUAUAAU